AUGGCGACAAUGGCGACUCUCCUGCGGGCUGUCUGUAAAGCGUCGCUCGCGUCUCGCGCCGCUGCGGCAGCUGCAUCUCGCGCCGCUGCGAUGGCAUCCCGCUCAGCGCAUCAUGCUAAAACUCCGACAAACAAGGACAUGGAGUCGGAUGAAGCUGUAUGGGCCUUAUAUGAGCGCUGGUGCAAGGUUUUCAAGAAGCAACGCGACCAUGCCCAGAUGGCUCGCCGGUUCAAAAUAUUCAAAUGUCGUGCAGAGUAUGUGCACGACUGGAACACUUACGUUCCUGAAGAUCCAGAGGAAGCAGCCAUUCACCUUCAGAAAAGAAGAGAGGCCAAAUUACUUCUUUCAAAAGGCGAAGACGUCUCACACUUCGAUGAGUGGCAUGUGCCAUAUCAAUUAGGUCUACUCGCCGACGGGGGCGAUCCAUUUCUUCGUGAAUGCGAUUAUAACUUGUUGAAGCUAAUCGAAGCGAGUGAAGCAUGCAGUGCUGUCAAAGAUGUCAUAGUAGAGUAG